AUGGCAGAAUACUUGAGUUUGGAUGACGUUGACAACAACAACAACGACGUCGACUACAAUAACAACAACGACGUCGACUACAAUAACAACGACGACGUCGACUACAACAACGACGACGACGUCGACUACAAUAACAACGACGUCGACCACAAUAACAACGACGUCGACUACAACAACAACAUCGUCGACGUAUUCGACCCGGAUACGGAAAUUGAAAGCGACUCGGAGCCGGAACGAGAAGUUAUCUGCGCCGUCGAUGAAUCUGAACCGGAAACGGGAAGCGAUUCGGAACCGGAAGAAGACAUCGACGCCGAAUCACCCGCGACGCGGGAACGGUUAUAUUAUAUCAGAAUGGUACGAUUAGGAUAUAGGAUUGGUAGACUAGACACUCGUCGAAACGGAACCAGAGCCAGCUCGGAACCACCAAACCAUCAACAGAACAAACGACGACGACUGGAAUAA